CGGAAUCCUCCUAAAACUCCUUCAAUGUAUGAACUCCGGCACACGUCCCACCGGAGACCACAGAUCCGCAAUCUUACAAGUCACCGGAAUCGUCCCAGCUCUCGCCGGUUCCGAUCUAUGGCCAAACCAAGGCUUCUACGUCCAAAUCUCCGAUUCUCUCAACUCCACUUACGUCUCUCUCUCCGAACGCGACACAGAUCUAAUCCUCACUAACCGUCUUCAGCUAGGUCAAUUCAUUUACCUAGAACGCUUAGAAUUCGCUACUCCGGUACCACGCGCCGCCGGAAUUCGCCCCGUCGCUGGUCGUCAUGCCUUCGUCGGAACUCCGGAGCCGUUGAUUGCAAGAGUAUCGAAUGGAUCUAAACGAGAUUUCGUUAUUCAGCCAGUUUCUGACUCUGAGUACUCGUUAGAUCCUAUCGCUGUUUACUUAAACAAUAGAAGAAUUGAAGACGACGGCGAUGGUGAUGCUACGAAACCUAAUUUGAGACAAGCGCUUGCUCCGGUGAACCAAAACGAAGAGAAUCGUAACCAAAUUCGAAAUCAGAAACCUAAACAGAUGACGCCACAGAGAUUCUCGUCACCAGCAUCGUCGAAACGGUCAGUCUCAUCGGGGAAGAAGAAUAGUUCCGGUGCGGUGGCGGUGGCGGUGGAGAGAGAUCCGUCGCCGGUUGUUUCUGGGAAAGGGAGGAGAUCUGCGUCUCCGGUUCCUUCGAAAUGUGUUGUGCCGAGUCUUGCGGCGGCGCGUGAGGAGAAUAGGAAAGUUACUAGAGAGCCGUCGAUUGUUGUGCCGUCAAGGUAUAGACAACCAUCACCUAAUGGAAGGAAGAUGAAUCCUUCUCCUAGUGGAAGAAGGAUGUCGAUUUCACCGGGAAGAAGGCUUUCUAGUGGUGUGAAGAUGUCUCCUAUGGUUGUAGAUUCUUCAGGGAAGAAGAAAAUGGCGGCGAUUGCGGCUGGAAUCUCGAAAGUUUCGGAAGCUUUAGUCGGUUCGUCGGCUAAGAAUGGUAAUCGAAAGAAUUGGGAUGAACCUGAUGGAAAUGUUCAUGUUGAGCAUAAGGAGAAGAGUAGUGUUAAGAAUAAGCCUGAUCAUCAAGCAAUUUUGCGUACUCAGGCUGCUAUGACGAGGCGGCUCAGUGAUGCGAAUAGGAGAAAGAGUGAUUCUUCUUCUUCAGCGUGUGAAGAUAAAGCGAAGUCGUGUUCAUCAGAGAGUAGUUUACUAGAAGAAGUCGCAGCUGUUGAAGGACUUGGUAUCACUUAUCAUGAAAGGAAAUGGACUGAUGGUAGUGUUCCAUUGGAUAGCAUCUCUGAUGAACUUGCAAAACUUGUAAAGGAGGCUAUGCAAAGAAGAGACUUUGCUGCUAGAGCCGCAGCUCGAGCAUUGGAGGAAGCCAAUGCUAAUGAGUGCAUCAUAAGAUGUUUAAGUAAAUUCUCGGAACUUUCUUCGGCUUCCAAGGUGGGGAAUCCGUUGCGAAUCAUCAACGAGUUUUUAACAAUCUAUGAAGAUGUCAUGAAAUACAGUAAGAUAGCCUCAGAAAACAGUUUCAGCUCGUCAUCAGGUCACCAAAACCCAAUCUCUCUUUGGGUUGAAGCUGCAUUAGCUACUAACCUCGACGUGGUCUCACUAGUGAAAAGUCAUGAAUCACCAUCGUCUUUGAAGAAAUCUAUGCCUACUCGUCUCUCUCCUAGACCCUCUAGCAAGACAGACAAUAUUGUUGGGAUGUGGACAGACAUUGAUGGAUUGAAGGAAACAGCUAAAUUCGCAGUGAAACUACAAUCCGAAAUGCAAAUGUGGUUCAUUGGGUUCGUGGAAGAAUCAUUAGACAACAAAAACGUAGCAAAACGAUCUUUAGACGGUAGUUCCAUAGCUGCAGUUUUGUCUCAGCUGAAACAAGUUAACGAGUGGCUGGACCGGGUCUCGUCCAACCAAGAAAACCAGAUCACAACAAUGGACAAGAUCGAGCGGCUCAAACGCAAAAUCUAUGGAUUCGUUAUCCAUCACGUCGGAUCUACUUACGACAACUCUGCUUCUACUUCUUGAUUUCAUCUUUUGCUAUUUUUGUCUUCAAUGUUCUCACGUUUCCAUGCUUUGUAAUAACAAUGGCUCAUGUUU